GUACAUCACGUUAAAAUAUCUCGAUGCAUUGCACAAUUCAUCCCCCAAAAGGCAUCGCAACAUGUCCCAAAACAAUGGCCCGGGCAUUACCUCGUGAAUUCUGAAUUGGGCGUGAGAAUGAUAAAAGUCCCAGAAAAAUUUUGAACCCAAAUUUUUCAUUGAUUUUAAAAUUAAAUCCCCUGAGAUAUCGAAAGAAAAUCGGUGAUAAAUCGUCUCGAUUGUUUGUGAUGUGUGUGCAACCCCCUGUAACAUCCCCCUUUCCCGAAAAAUUUUCCACGAUCCCGGGAAAAAUGAGGAAAACUCGGGAAAUGAAGUUAUCCCUGUAGACGGCCAAUUCACUAUUUAUCCAAUCGCAACCUUUUGCUUCGCGGAUAUAUAUUUUUUUUUUUUCGGCUCUUCUUGAAUUUGGGGUGUGGUGGGUGACUGUGGUAUGUGAUAAAAGAAAUAUCUCCAUUAUGAUAUCCUGUGAAUUUUAAAUCAUUUUUAUCGAUUCGACGAACUAUUUAUCUCACGUAUUUAUCUGGAUUAAAUCUCCAAAUGGCCUGAAUUCACAUCAUCCCCGGCGCUCAACGCUUGUCACUGCACGUUCCAUGAAGCUCACCUGUCCUGUGUCGUCGAUGGGCGUGCGGGGGUGACUGGAGUGAUGGGAUGGGGCCAGAGCCCCAUGGAGUUCGGGUAGGCCCGUCUCCGGCCCAGCUCCCCAGCCCCCUCCGCCAUCGUAAUCGUCACCGAUCGUGCAAGCGAAGAGGUGGGCCACCUCGUACGCGAUGGAGGCAGGUAGCACUCAACAACGUAAGGAGAAGGUACCACGUGUACACAGACCUUGCGCCUUCGAUAAGAUGGAGGGGCUGGUGCAGAAGAUGCAAGACGCGGAGAACGGUGUGCCAGUUGGCAGCCAGAAACAAUUUCUCACGUCGAUUCCUUCGGCAUUCAUGGGGUACGAUCUCAUAGAGUGGCUGAUAGACCGACUCUCGAUCGAUGAAACCGAGGCGGUCCAUCUAGCCAAUCAGCUAUGCCAAUACGGUUAUUUCUUCCCAGUGAAUGAUUCCAAAACUCUGACUGUUAAGGAUGACAGUUCCCUCUAUAGAUUUCAGACACCGUAUUAUUGGCCUUGGCAGCACCGGACACCUGAUAACGUCGAGUACGCAAUAUAUUUAGCAAAACGCACAUUAAGAAACAAACAACGUCACGCACUUGAGGAAUACGAGAUCGAAGCACUGAACAGCCUGAGAAAAAAUCUAGCCAACAAGUGGGAGUUAAUACAGAUGCAAGCAGAAGAGCAAGUGCGUCUCUCCAAGGAUCGCAAGAAGGGUGAUAAAAUAGUGAGUGAUUCGCAGGAGCGGGCAUUCUGGAGGGUCUACAGACCUCCACCGGGAUGUCCAAGCAGUCUCGAGGUAGUUCCUGUUCCAACAAGAGCAAGACCCGGUGCUAAAUUACCGAUAAGAAAGCGAACGCUCAAUGAUCUCCAGCGCGAUGUUGAGUUAUUGAGAAACAGCUUGACACGCACUCGUACUAAAGUAUCGGUGGCUAUUGAAAAUAUAAGGACUUAUUACGAGACGUACACGGAGUACGAUCCUAUGGUUGUACCAUCCCAGCCAUCCAAUCCCUGGAUUACGGAUGACCAGUCAUUUUGGCAGCUUAAUAGUCCUCUGGUGGAGGUGCCAACGGAGAAGAGGGUGAGGAGGUGGGGUAUCUCCAUGGAGGAGCUCAUGUUCGAUCCUACGGGAUUACUCGAGUUUACCAAUUAUCUUAGGAAGGAGUACAGUCAUGAGAACAUCAGGUUUUGGCUGGCUGUCAAGGAUCUCAGGCACUGUAAUCAGGCACACAUCGGGGAUAAAGUCAAUGAAAUAUUUCGAGAAUUUUUAGCACCUGGCGCACCUUGUGAAAUAAACAUUGACGGCAAGACGAUGGAGAAAGUCCACCAGGAAAUGAAGAAUCCGAGCAGAUUCACAUUCGAUUCUGCUGCUGAGCAUGUCUACACACUUCUACUUAAAAAGGACUGCUAUCCUAGAUUCAUAAGGUCUGAUCAUUACAGAAAUCUACUGGCUGCUGGUGUACAGCCUUUACAAAAGAAAAGAUUUUUUAAUUUCGGGGGACAAACGAAGAAAAAAGCGACACUAGGUGGUAUGGGUUUGCAACAAACAAGCAUGAGUGGCUCAACGAGUGGUAGAAGAAGGGGUAGUGAUCGAAGUCUAUCAGGAUCAGCUCAUGAAUUAGCUGUCUGUGGAACACGUGACGUGACUACUGCCUCCAGAGUACCCCAUUCCCUCAGCCAACAGAAUCUCACUGAUAUUCCCUACAGGGGAGACCUGGAGCGUCUCACUAAGAUCAUUUCCAGGCCUAGUCCACGUAGUGUUCAGGAUGCUGGUGGCACCGAGACAUCAGUGGUUCGCCCUAUGGACGACGUAUGUCCGUGGGACGCAGCACCAGGUCCGAGCAACGAGCCAGACGCAAUUGCAGGCACAUCAUCAGGCUCGACUGAUCCAUCAAAUUGGUCUGGAAUUCAUUUACCACCGGACACUGGAUCAAGGGCAUCGAGAAAAAAUUCAUCCCAGUUUGACUCCUGCAGUUCAUCGUCGGAUGUUAGUAUAGCAAUAGCCGAGGCAUCAGAGAGAUUGAGAAAAACGUGUGGACUUCAGUAUUCAACUACUAUCGCUGGUCCUAAUUUAACGAGAAAUUACUCAGUGGGACCAGUUCCCAGGGUUAAAUUGGCUGAUACCAGCAGAUCAUCGGUGUCAUCGUGUAAUUUUCCAUCGCCACAGCACAGUUUUGAUAUGUCUGGAGUACAUCUCGGAGGACAGGGCCAUCAGGUUCAUCAGCUUCAUCAACUGGAUGUUGCCAAGAGUGUCCCAGAGGAGUCUGAGAAUUGGAGUACAGAGGAAAGCGCUUCAGAGUUAGAGGACACGAAGGAAUCGAGAGCCCCAGGGAUAGCUCCUCUCAUAAGUAUUUCGACGAUUGUUGGUGAUAUCACUGGAGAAGGUGUCGAUGGAGACGACGAGAAGAUACCUGAGACAAUCGAGGAGAUACCCGAGGUGGAGGAAAAAUCGAAAAUACCUGAGGAGCACGUCGAGGGAAGAGAGACUGAUUCUGGUGAAGAAGCACAAGUCGUUCCAGUCUGGGUCCCUGAUGACAGUGAAAAUGAUCCUGAGGGACAUAAGGAGGCAAGUGAACCAGUGCCAGGGGAACGUGACAAUAAUGUUAAUGAAGUUUGCCCGUGGGAAGAUGAGGAAAACUGUAGAGUGGAUGCAACCUACGUGAAGACCUACGCGACCCUAGGAUACUUGUAAAGGUGCUUAAGACAGGAACAUUUUUAGACUUGAGAGUAUUCAAAUUUCGAGGAUUUCGUCGUGGAGAAGGAGUAAUUGUAAAAUAAUUUUUGCUGCAUUCGGAGGUGUCUGCAGUUAUCAUCGGCGGUCUCUCAGUCAAUCGCGUGUCUCAGGUGUUCAAUCAUCUCCCCAGUCCCAGUCCAAUCGGCAAAAGGUAGGAAAAAACAAUUAAUUUCACUAAUUAACCAAACACAAAGAGAAAAACCACAGAAUUAUUAUCUAAAAACUAGUCUAAAAAUCGAUUAAUCCGCCAUUUUUUAAAUUUCAUGGAUCUGAUCAAUUGAGUGAAAAUUGAAAAGUGAGAAAAUGGCUAGUUUUUAAAUUUCGACUUUUAAUUAAUGAUUAAUUAAAUAGAGGAAUCAAUUAAGAUAAUGGAAAGGAUUAUCUAUUCGUGUUGAAUCGGGAGAUUUCUCCUCAAUGAUAAAAAAAGCGUAUAUUAUCGUUAAUAAAAUUAUUAUUGAAUAAACAGAGAAUUUAGAAGUGUUUAGAUUCUUCGUGAUGUUUCUUCUCAAUUAGUGAUUAGUAAUGUGAAACGCUUGUAAUUUAGGUGAAAAAUUAGUAAUGUUGUUUGAGGAUUCGUCCGGGGGAUUUGAAAAAAAGUUUGUGGAAUCAAACAAUUAUUUAACAAUUUUCCUUUAGAGGAUUUGGCUCAAGGUGGACUGUCACUAAUGAGCCCAUGACCUCCCCCUUGGGUUCCCAUCUUCAAUGAUUCCCAAACUCGUUAAUAAAUUAUUGAUUUUCCGUGAUUAUUUUCAAUUUGAAAAAUUGACAGAUGAGAAUUUUUUUCGU